UCCUGGCAAUAUGGGGAAAAAUUGCCAUGAAAAUAAAGGAGUUUCGUGGAAAGAACUAGACAAGCUUAGCAUACCGGCUGGUUCGAGCAAAGUUGUAUCGGAUACACGAAUUGUCAACCCGGAUCGAAAUAAAACGAAAAAAUACAAAUACAUUGGCAAUGAAGUUCCCGGCUACCGAGCAUCGCAUCUCGAGUCCAGCCACCGUAGCGGAUAACUGUUUAAUAUAUUUUGCCAACUAUAUUUGACAAGCGAGUCUUUCAGCUCGAUUUUCCCUCGUUUGAUAACGCUCAUUGUCGAACGAUCGAAGAAUAGGUAGUAGCGAGCAGGAAACCGUGGCCGUUCGAAGAGGAAAGUGUGCCACGCGAAACGUGCCCGCCUCUUCUGCUGGCUGUAAAUCUAACGAAACCGUAAACUCUGCUGGACCACCUGUAACUUGUUGUUCCGCAUGCUCGCGAAGCGUUGAUAAAAUCAACCUGUUAAACUGCACUCGCGUGUACUUUCUACUGGAACUGUGUUCCUCGGAUAGAUUAAUCCUCUAUUUGAAUAUCGCUACGAAUGAAAAAAGCUAAAGAUCGAAUUCCUAAAAUAAUUGAUCAAAGGGCUCUCCGAUAUUUUUGCAGGGAUAGAAUUUUUCGAUUAAGGUAUCGGCAUACGUUAAUUACGAUUCGCACAGGCCUCGCUAACGGUACGUCUCGCGAUUAAUCCAACGAGUGAUUAGUAGGACUGAUCGAGUAUUCCGAUUGGCACGCGAGGUGGUUAAUCUUUGACUGGGAAAUACGAGGAAGUGAUGUCACCUUGACGACUCGUAAAUACGUAACGAAGCUUGGAAACCCCCGCGCCCUAAAUCCGCGACCGCCUAGAUUCGUCAUUGUACCGUGCACGCCGCGCGCCGUGGCUUGGAAUUUGUAAUCUCUCGUGCUCUUCCAGUGUACCUAGGGUGAUUCAUCAUCUUAGGUAUACUCCGGUGCAACGGAUGAGUAACUAGCGUACAAAACGAACGCGAGUAAGUCGAUUGCGCUCUUUGCGAUAGGUAAUAUCGCGAUAACGACAAGACUAUCGAAGAAACUUUUCCUCUGACUGCAUGAAAGAAUUUUUGGUUCAAAAGUCGGCGUAUAGUUCAGGGGUUGAUCCAUAGAUGGCGCCAAUUGUCUAGUCGCUAGCAACUACCCCUUGAGAUCUUAAGAAACGUUUAAUCGAUAUUGCUCCCAACAGAGCCUACGUGAUCUCUCACGCUCACUUGUCCCUCUCUACCAUGCUCCGAAUCGUCAUUCGUAACGUCUCGAGCACGGUAAACACGUGUACAUCGCGUUAGUGGGAAGAACUACUGAACAAGACCAGCCCCCAUACGUGUCCCCAUUCUUCCGACCGGAAAUGGCACGAGCAAAUCGGACCCUCGCGCAGUAUUCGAGGACGACAAAUCACAGGGUUCGUUCGUUUGGAAAAAAGAAAAAAAAAAAAAAGAAAAGGUAUAGCGAAAGAAGCAACGAACCACCGUUCGUCGGCUACAUAAACAGCAACAACCCUGCGAAAAGAGCUGCAGCUCGAAGGUAAGAAACGAGAACGUGAGGGAGGGGAAGGGAAGCCCUCCAAGACGGGGAGAAGCAGCAGCUUGAUAAAUGCGCGCCCGUACGCCUAGGAACCAGUUUGGUGUUUACCUAGUAAGUAGUGUUGUCAGUCAGCUGGUUUGUUGCAUCUUCGCCGAGGCAGCAAGCCGCCUGUGGCGUGGAACGGUGUUUCUCUCGCGCGUUCGUUUCUCCCUCUGUCUUUCUCUCUCUGGUCGUGUGCAAGUUUCGCAGCCUGGCGUCACCGGUGUUCACUUUUAGAGGUAGAGGACUUUGUCUCAGAGGUGGGGAUCGUUCCGUGGGUGGUGGUGGUGGUGGUAAGUUGGUCCGGUAGUGGGGCAAAAGGGUGGGGGUAACUGCACGCCGGCAGUCAUGCAGGGUGCGUGACCGUCGAUGGAAUAGAGAUUCGGAGUUGGAGUCAGUUGCUCUCCGACGUUCCUGGUGGAAUGUCGUCGCGCUUGGACCGCUCCGCGUUUACUCGUUACCCGCGCACGUAGUUUCUCACGAGGGCCUGACGGACUCUAGUCGCGAGCGGUUCAUGGGAACAUCGCGUUGCGUCUCGCGGCCGUUGCGACCGAUCGGUGUUUACGUUCGUCGAAUCGAUAGUGUCCGUGCGAGAUACCUGUCCCGACGCCGACGGCGCGACCAACACCAAUCGUGUCGUCCUGUUCUCUUCUGUUAUUCGAGCACCGUGUGUAACAACCGGGCGUACGGUUGAACGCAAGUGCUAGUGACUAUGAGUGCGUGACGAUAGGACACGAUCGCAUCAAGUUCGUUUGUUCCCGUGCCCGGAAACGUGAUUCCCAGCGACUAUACUCAGAAUGGAGCCACCGGGUCGGCGCGUAGCGGUGCCGUGGAUCGUUUGGUGUCUGGUUCUGAGCGGUGGCAUGAUAGACGGUCGCAGCAUCACCAGCCUCGAGGCACCGAAUGGCUGCGAGUGGAACAAGGACAGAGAGGACGGGGAAAAAGCGCUCGCCUGUAGGGUUAGGACUAUCGCCAACGUGCCAGGCCUAAUUGGCAAUCUCUCGGCCAUUCAAGUGGACUCGAUCGGUUCUUUGGCCUUGGAGUGCAGCGACGUGCUGUUCUUCGAGAGUCAGAUCGACGGGCCGCAAGGGUUGUUCUCGCCGCUACCGCGGCUGGAGAAGCUUCGCGUCGAGUACUGCAAGAUCCGUUACUUGCCGGGCGGUGUGUUUUCGUCCGCGCACAAUUUACGCAGUUUAACCGUCAGAACGCACAACAGCGACUGGUCGACAAUGAGUCUGGAAUUGCACAGAGAUGCCCUACGCGGAUUGACGAGCCUUCAACAUCUCGAUCUGGCCGACAACAAUCUAUGGACCCUGCCGUCGGAGCUCUUGUGCCCCGUGCAGAGCCUCUCUAGUCUGAAUCUGACGCGCAACAAGUUACAGGACAUCGUCUCCCUGGGAUUCUCCGACUGGGUCGAGUCGUGCACGCCAAGCCUCGAGGUGCUAGACCUGAGCAACAACGACCUCGGCGAAUUGCCCGAUCGCACUCUUAGCAAUCUUCACGGUUUGACGUCGCUGAAACUCCAGGAUAACGCGAUCGCGGCUGUCGGCGAUCACGCUCUGGCAGGUCUGACAGCGCUGCGCGCGCUCAACGUGUCCAGCAACAGAUUGGUCGCGUUGCCCCCGGAAUUGUUCGCCAAGACCAGAGAAUUACGGGAACUUAUCCUCAGCAACAACUCGUUGGCGGUAUUGGCGCCAGGUCUGUUGGAUAAUUUGGACGAACUACAGGUGCUGGACUUGAGCAGCAACGAGCUGACGAAUCGCUGGGUGAAUCGAGACACGUUCUCACGGUUGGUCCGUCUCGUCAUUCUCGAUCUGUCCUUCAACGGUCUGACGAGGAUCGACGCCCACGUGUUCAAGGGCCUGUACAGCCUUCAGAUUCUGAAGCUCGAGCACAACGAAAUCGACACGUUGAUCGACGGUUGCUUCGGCUCCCUGACUAAUCUCCACUCGUUGACUCUUUCGCACAACAGAAUCGCGAGUUUCGAUCCUGCUCACACGGUGGGUCUGACCACUUUGGGUCAACUGUUUUUAGACACGAACAAGCUGAGAACCCUUCAUCAUCGCGUGUUCGACAAUCUGACGGGUCUCGAGGAUCUUUCGCUGAGCGGAAACUAUCUGACGGAGAUACCGUACGCGGUGCGCGCGCUGCGUUCGCUAAAAACCCUCGACCUUGGCAACAAUCACGUGUCCAGAAUCGACAACGAUUCGUUCGCAGGAUUGACCGAGCUGUACGGGCUGCGACUGGUGGACAACAAAUUGGAAAACGUGUCCCGCGAGGCGUUCGCCUCGUUGCCGGAACUCCAAGUGCUGAACCUGGCCAACAAUUACAUUCGUCACGUGGAGCAGAGCGCGUUCGCGAGCAAUCCCGUGCUGCGCGCGAUUAGGCUGGACGGGAACCAGCUGACGGAGAUCCGCGGCGCGUUCACGAGCCUCUCGACCCUGCUCUGGCUGAACGUGUCGGACAAUAAGCUGCUGUGGUUCGACUACAGUCAUCUGCCGACCAGCAUAGAGUGGCUGGAUAUACACUCGAAUCAGAUAAGCGAGCUGGGGAAUUAUUACAUGGUGCGGAACACGCUGAGCAUAAAGAUGCUGGACGCGAGCUACAACCAAAUCGGCGAGAUCGCCGAGGCGAACGUGCCGGACAGCGUGGAAACGUUGUUCCUGAACAACAACAAGAUACGCAAGGUCGCGGUUGGUACGUUUCUGCAAAAGAGGAAUCUGGAAAAGGUGGUGUUGUACGGGAACGAGAUAAAGAAGCUCGAGGAGGCGUCUCUCGAGUUGCAAACGAUCUCGGACGACGCGGAACUGCCGCAAUUUUACAUCGGAAACAAUCCCAUUGUUUGCGAUUGCACCAUGGAAUGGCUGCCGAAGAUCAACGAGGAGGACCGACCGCGAAAACAUCCGCGGGUGAUGGACUUGGACUCGGUGACGUGCGAAAUGGAGCUCGCCAGAGCAACCCCUCGCAGACCUCUGUUGUCUUUGAAACCCAAGGAUUUCCUUUGUCGUUACGACGCUCACUGCUACUCUCUGUGCCACUGUUGCGACUUCGACGCUUGCGACUGCGAGAUGACCUGUCCCGACAAUUGCUCGUGCUAUCACGAUCACAGCUGGUCGAGCAACGUGGUGGACUGUUCGAACGCGGGCUACAAACACGUCCCCGAACGGAUCCCCAUGGACGCCACCGAGAUCUAUCUGGACGGGAACGAGCUGGGCGACCUGGGUAGCCACGUGUUCAUCGGAAAACGACGGCUGGAGGUGUUGUUUUUGAACAACAGCGGGAUAGCGGCGAUCCACAAUUGCACGUUCAACGGCGCGAGCGCGCUGCGCGUCCUUCACCUCGAGGACAAUGCCCUGCGCGAGCUGAGGGGCUUCGAGUUCGAUCAGCUGGAACGCAUGUCCGAGCUCUAUCUGGAUCACAACGCGAUCGCCACCGUCGGGAACACGACCUUUAGGAAGAUGAAGGGUCUGGAGGUGUUGCGGCUGGACAGCAAUCGUAUCGUCGACUUUCGGCCGUGGGAGGCUCUACCGAGCGUCGGCGAUCGCGCCAAAGUCGCCCUGGAGGGUAACGCCUGGAGUUGCGAGUGCGGCAACGCUGCCAAGUUGCGCAGCUGGUUGGCAGAGCAUCGAGGCGAUCCCGAGAAGAUGUACUGUCGCGACGGCGUCGAGACGUUGGCGCAGGCUAUGAAGCGUUGCGGCGACCCGUCCACGGAGGCCGUCAGUCGCGGAAUCCAGGAAAUCCCUCUGUUGGGUGGCAACUUUGUGCCGCUUUUAGCCGGCGCUUUGGUGGCUGUGAUCGCUAUUUGUCUGUUCGUCGCGUUGGCCUUCGCGUUUCGGCAGGACGUGCGGCUGUGGGCUCACGCACGUUACGGUCUGCGUCUGGGCAAAAUGACCGCGCCGCCCGACGAAGAACGGGAUCGUCUCUACGACGGCUACAUCGUCUACAGCGAACGGGACGAGGACUUUGUCUCCAGGUACCUGGCCGCUGAAUUGGAGCAAUCCGGGCUGGCUCUGUGCCUCCACUGGAGGGAUCUGCCGCCCGCCAGACCCCAGGAGGCGGUGCCACCCGCCGCAGCAGCCGCCAGACGCAUCGUCAUCAUCUUCUCGCCGGUGUUUUUGGCGAACGAGUGGCAGCACGCGGAGUUCCGAGCCGCGCUGAGAACCGCGCUGGAGAACAUCAGACCCAGCUCGAGGAAGCGACGAGUGGUGGUGCUGUUGGCCACGGAGACGCCCGCCAGAGAUCCAGAGCUGCAGCUGCUGUUGCAGACCUGCACGGUGGUGGUGUGGGGCGAGAAGAGGUUCUGGGAGAAGCUGCGGUUCGCCAUGCCCGACUCCGUGGGCAAACGACGAGACAGCAAGAAGGUGAACGACCGAAAUCGCGUCCCGGCGCGGUACACCGCGGCUCCAUCCGCUGGCGACGUAUGGACCAAGUCUAAUGGUGUUUUGGUCGCUCCGGUCCACGCACCCACGCCAACGCCCACGCAGUCCACCUAUGUCAGCUCCGCGUCCAGCAGAACAGAGGACGAGGAUAGCGGCGCGGAACACCAGCACCAGCACCAGCACCAGCACCAGCACAGCGGUUACAGCGCCCUGAACGCUGGCAGCGCGAGGCCUGCGAGCCUCUCCUCCAGGGGCAGUCAUCAUUACAGCACCAUACUCGAACCCCCUGUGCCCAACGCGCCCCCGGGAGAGCCUCGUACUUACUUUGUCUAAUAGGAACGGUACGCGAUGCCGACGAUUCGCUGGCUGGACAACCACGGGGUUAAGAUCAGCCGGUGUGCGAUACGUUCAUCUGUCCGUGUCGGGGACGCGACGGAGACGCGUGCUGCGUAGCUAUUUGUACAGUUUCAUUCCGACUCGCGCGUCAGUCUGUUUGCUCUUCCACUAGAAUCCCUCGACCAAGGAUUUUCUCCGCGUUCGAGCGCAGAGGGUGGGUUUUUGGGGCGAUUGCGAUGAGAGUACGGUAAGUCCUCGACUUGGCGGCGAGGUUUCAUAUGCGAGGGACGAAGCUCGUGGGUCAUCGUUGACCCGUGGGAACAUUUAUUUUAUCUAUGAUUCCGUGGGAAUACAUUUUAGAGCAAUUUGGUUUUAGAAAAGAUGCGAAGAGGAAAGAGUGGAUGCUUAGGAUGUUUGAAUGCAGGAGAGUUCCGAAGCUGUGGUCGAGUAGGGGGAAUCGUGGGUAAGAUUGUGAUUGCUAAAUUGCUAGGUUACCGAGGAGGCGCGCGAGAAGCGAGAAGGAUUAGGUUGGGUGGACGAAAGUGGUUUUAUCGAUUUUGCUCAGUUUUGUUCCCGAUGAAAUGAUGAACCUUUGAUUCGUUUUUCAACUCGUUAGAAAAAUUAACGAACGCGGACGAUGACGGUGCAAAGAAAUGCACGAUAUAUUUUUUUAAUCCGCGCGAACGAAGCUUUCCAGUUGCUUACCGAUAUAUGUGUACUUUAUUUGAACAGAGGGUUAAAGAGUAAUGGCAAGCAAAGCGACUGUAACCGCGUUAUCUUUAUUCGAUACGUGGAUUCUUUCGUAGACGUAAAACAUGUGCGAGGAUAUCGGCGAAUGGUGCUUAGAGUACCUGUAAAUCCGCGUUACUCGAGGACUUACCGUAUCGUCUGCCGAGAGGCUUUGCGUGCGUUUAGUUCGUUCGCAACCUGUAAAGUUAAUCGAUCAAAGAGACCAGGUUUAUUUAAGACGUUUCUGUGGAACGAGACCCGUUACGCAGGACCGUGAUCGAGUCAUUAUUUUUACGUACUAGCCGAGAGAACGAUGCGAGCUUCUUCUUGCGCGAAUCUUGUACAGAAUGUAUGGUGUGCGUGGAUACAGCGGUGAGUAAUUAUAGGAAAUGGCAGUCGAUGAGAACCAUAGAUUCGGAUUGUUUUCGUCGUUGAGCCCUGAGCGAUCCCCGCCGGGCCGAGAGAAACCAUCCUUGGCUCCAAGUAUCGAAUCAUUUUAGAAAUUUUUUAGUAUAUUUACCGAUCCGAAAAGGCUUACUUAAACGCACCACCACCACAGCUUGCAGAGUCGAUCGGCUCUUUAGAUUCGGUAACUUGCUAGUCGAUUCACUCGGUUUAGCCGAAAUAAUCGAUAAUUAAUUAUGAUUUACUUGAUGAAGAAGGACUCGGAGGACUUGUUGCCUGCAUCAUUAUUUAUUUUCGGUCUUUAUUUACGUUAAGUCGACGCCGAGAAACUCGCAGGAUGAUAGAGUUUCGCGAUGCAACGGGUGUCCACGACGGUUCUUCGUUUUCUUUUCACUGUUGAGGUCUUGCAAUCAAAGAGUUACUUUAAAAUUUCCGCUCCAAUUACGUCUUGAAAUAAUUAGAAGAGCAAGGUUUUGAAAUAAUUAGAGCUCGUAGUAAUUGGAGGAUCGCUCGAUUAAAUUCCUUGAACGAUCGGAAUUUUACAUAUUUUUAAUAGCGGGUUAAGUUUGACGUUCCAAAAAAAAGUUCACAGUAUUAUUUUCAUUCUCGAUUUAGCGAGAAAUCGAUCCUCCAAUUAUUUUCUUACGCCGUCAAACGAUAACUGUAACCGUUUAAAAUUCGUAUGAUUAGCUUGAUAUGUUCAUCCAAGCUUCUUCGUUUACCGAAGACGUUUGUAGGUUUCUUAGAGGAGCAAAAAAUUGUUACUCCAAGCGUUCUGAGAAUGAGCGUGAUUCAAGUUGAAAAAGUUUUAUUUUGAGUUAUUUGGAAAUUAAUUUGACGAAAACAAGGUAGAAUUUAGCACAGGAUUCUGAUUCUCAGAUGCUCGAUGCUCGAAAGUUUGAAUACACGCGUUACAGAGGCUUUUCUUUAUAUUACCGUCUUCCAUAGACUCGUCAUUGUUAUCUUCGAUUAAUGUUCUUCCAUUUACGACGCGUCGACUCGACGAUUUCAACGGUUUCUCCGACGACUCGAUGCUGCAGAAACUCUUGGUUGACAGAACGAGGAACGUGCAGUCGCGACAGGGUAUUCAGACUUUCGAUCGAUGCGAGAUCAAUUUCCAGAAAUUAACGGAAAUAGUUUUCUAAAGAAUAAGAAACGCGUUAUUCUCGAUACAUUUAGCUUGAGAUUCGUUUAAUAAUCGCGACUCUCGAGUACCUUAGCGUUCCUGGGAUUAGGUUCUGUGAAAGUGCAUUCUGUAUUCUUCUCGUACGACGAUGUAACGGAUAAGAAACACGAGACAAGAGAACGAUACGUUGACGUUGCGCCAACUUUGAAUCUCGAGGCGGACUCUUCUUCGUACUAUGAGUCAGAGACGGGCAAAAUUUUAUUAGAAAAUUAAACAGGGAAUGGAGGCAUUACGGAACAAACGAUAAGUUUUGCCUUUGGAACAAUUUAUUUCAAUUUUAAUAUUAAAUUUAAUUUAACGUUUCGUUUGAUAUCGUAUUACAUAUUUCAGUUUUAUUUUUAUCGAAGGAAACAAGCCUUCUGAUUCUUUAUUCGAAAUCGACGUUUCGAUAAGAAUUUUGCCUCUCUCUUCGACUAAACAUAUACUCCUACACAUGCGAUUGUAUUUUUUCCACUCGAGAAACGGAGCUUGCGGUCACUGGUUCUCAUUCCUGUCGUUCCGUUUGUCAAUUUACGAUGGGGGAGAUUUAACGACGAGGAGGAACCGCCUAUAAUCGAGAGUGAGGGAAAGAAUGAGAGCGAGUGUGAGCACAAAAGAGAAAUGAGAGAAAAGAGACAGACGUCUCCGCGAGACCUCGUUCCUAAGAUUUCCACGACUGUCUUGAAAAAAAGCAAAACGGUCGCCAAACGCUUAUUAGUACGUAAGUUUUGAAGAGUAUCCUCUUGUAAAUACUGUGUAUAUCUAACAUGUUGUAAAUACUCACGCACACUAUAUCGAGCACACGGGGUAUGGGCCUAGGCGCACACAUAUACGCGAGGUUGUAUCUAACACGUUUAGUGCCCAGGCCGUCGUUUCGAGCCGCGUCUAAACUUCUAAAUCUUGCAAUUUAUCGAUUGUACUUGUAUUAUUGUAAAUACUGCUCAUCGGAUCACGCAUUUAUUGUAUUCACGAUCUGUUACGUGACUAAUUAAAUUAACUGCCACUUUCCAUUCCAGCAAAGAACCAUCAGAAAUAAACACGUUUGUUUUGUAAAAAAGAA